AUGUCGUCUUUGCUUUCGGAAGUAGAAACCAUGGACACGUUGCCGUUUGUCAAAAGCUCUACGCCGUCGCUAGAAGCUUCGCUGGAACCGAAGCUACCGGCACCAUCUAUCGAAGAAGUCGAUACCAAUCCAGAGGGCCUGAGAGCACUUCGAGGACAAGGCCGUUAUUUUGGCAUUGCUGGGGAUGAAGACGGUGCCAGGGAGGCUGAACCGAAAUGCAAUAAUUGUUCUCAGAGAGGGCAUUUUAAGAGAGACUGCCCACAUGUGAUAUGUACGUAUUGUGGAUCGAUGGACGAUCAUUAUUCGCAACACUGCUCCAAGGCGAUCAAAUGCUCGAACUGCAACGAGGGCGGUCAUUAUCGGUCUCAAUGUCCGCAGAAAUGGAAAAGAGUGUUCUGCACCCUAUGCAAUAGUAAGAAACACUCUCGCGACAGAUGUCCAAGCAUUUGGAGAGUCUACCUUCUCAAAGACGAGGCCAAUGACAAGGCGCUGCCGAUGCACAGACUCUACUGCUAUAAUUGUGGACGAAAGGGUCAUUUUGGGGACGACUGUAUGGAACGCAGGUCCUCAAGAGUGCCCAAUGAAGACGGCAGCGCAUUCUCUGGCGACAACCUUUCUGGAGACUUGAAAAGACAGUACUUUAAGAAUGUGGCAAAGCAGAGGAGGGAAGAGUAUUCUGCAACAAGGUAUGACGACUUUGAUUACGACGCGUACGAGUUCGAUGACGCCUUCUACGACGAACCGCGUUCUUCGCAAAACAGUGGCAGCUCUAAGUCAAAGAAACGUAAGCAAUCCAAUUUCCAUCCCCCGCCGUAUAGGAAAAACGAGAAAGUUGUCCAGCCUGUUCAGCGAGGGAGCACGCUGGCUCCAGCAGCCGAUAGAACGCAUCCUCUGGAUUUCCCACGCGGACCACGUUCAAACCGGAAUUCUGCCCGCCUCACGCAGAAUAUGAUUAACUCUAGAUAUGGCAAACCCUCGUCAAAUCGGAUGAUGAACCAAGGAGAUUACAAUAACUACAAUUCGUAUAAACCGUUCAGAAGCGGUACUUUGAGGAGAUAA